AUUGAGCUCUUUUCGUCUGAGCAAUUGCUGACGUCAGUCCUGCCGAGUAUAAAACAGACGGUAGCGGUUCACACGUGCCAGGUUCUUUGAAAUGAACAGACCCGGGCUUUCCACCCUGCUGCUGGGCUUCGUGGCGGCAGCCCAGCUAACAGCCGCCGCCGACCCCGUGAAGGUGUCCGUGUAUUACGAGACGCUGUGUCCUGACAGCCGGAACUUCUUCAAUGAACAACUCUACCCCGUCUAUCAGGACCUUAAGGAUAUUUUGACCAUGGAUGUUAACGCGUACGGAUUAGCAAGCGACGUCCCUUUGGGGGAGACUUACGUAUUCCAGUGCCAGCACGGCCACGCGGAGUGCGUGGGCAACAUGAUGAUAACGUGCGCCAAAAACCUGACUCAGGAUGAGAAAGUGUUCAUGGCUUUCUCCAACUGCGUCAUGGCGGAGUUCACUGCGGCCGCCGCUGGGCCUCAGUGUGCGGAGCAGACCGGGGUUGACUUCGCACCGGUUGAGGAAUGUUACAACUCCGUGGAGGGACACCGCCUCCUGCACGAGGUCGGGGUGAAACAAAACGCCCUCGAGACCGCUGUGUACUGGGUGCCAUGGAUACUCAUCGACGAUGUAUUUACCGAUGACCAGCUGUGGGCAGCGCAGGAAGACUUGCGCCAGGUGGUCUGCGACGCCUACACCGGCGAGCCGCCCGCCGCCUGUGGCAGCUGAAGAUACUGUUCCUUACAACUGCUGCCACUUCAGAUGACGCACGUUUUCCAUAAAUUGUGUAACAUAUAAAUGAAUAAAUAUAUUGAUUAAAUAAUA